CUGAGCCAGCCAGAUGCCCCCAUUGUGAUAGUUUAUUGUACUUUAAAUAGCUAUUUCUAAUUUUUAAAAAAGAUGUCUUUAUUUGAGAGAGCACAUGCGCUCAGGGGAGGGGGGAAUCAAAGAGAGAGGGAGAGAAACCUAAGCACAUUGUUUGGAGGGGUGAGGGUGGACUCAAUCUCAGGAUCCUGAAAUCAGACCUGAGCUGAAACCAAGAGUUGGAUGCUCACCCACUGCACCACCCAGGCGCCCCUAAAUAGUUAUUUCUUACAGCUUACCUUCUCUAUUUAGUCACUCCCCACACAGCACUUACCUCAGCUUUACCAGUCCUCCCUCAGACUUUUUCUGUAUUACUUUAACUUUGCCUUCAAUUUUUUAUGCUUCUGCACUUUUAUCUACAUUGUACUCUAGAAGAGAGCUAUUUUAAAAUUGCUGAGCACUGUGGUAUCAAAGCAUCAAGUUGGUAAAUAAAUACUCCUGCCACAGAUUAACAGGAAUGUGUUACCUCCUAGAUCUGUAGUUUGGGAAUAUUCUUAAAGGGGAGAAGUGACAGGAUAACGUUUGUACAUAAGCUUAUAUUCACAAGCUGUACACAGAUUUAUAAUGUAAGUCAUUGUUCGGGUCCAUCAACUGUAGAUGAUUAGCUCUAGUUCAGGUCUCUUUAUUAAAUAAAUACGAAAGGCAAGAUCCUACUGGAAAUAUCCAGUGGCACUCAAGUAUUAAAGAAUUUGGAACCCAGAAUAUGAUUUUGAAAUAUUUGACAAUUUGGAAGUUAAGUUCCUUUGAAUAAAUUAGUAGGGUAGCUACCUGAGUUGUUAAGUAUGGAAAAAUCACUAAGGGCACACUACACCUGACUUAGUUUCUUUCAAAGAUAAAAAUAGUUACAAAGACUUCUUAGGUGAUAACCUUUUCUCUUUCCUAUAUCUUAGUAAUUUGCAACUUCGGCUGCUUGUUAGAACCAUCUGGGAAGUAGGGGAGCUUUUAAAAGUCUUACUACUCCAGAGCAAUUCAAUCAGAAUACCUGGAACAGGACCCAAACAUCAGUAGUUUUAAAAUCUCCCCCGUUGAUUCCAGUGUGCAGCCAAGAUUACAAAUCAGUGCUAUACAGGAACCCAUGAAAUACAAGUUGGGGGCAUAUAUGAGUUUUCUUUCUAUGAAACUUCUCUGCCACCUACUAGCAAGGGUACCACACGUUUUUAGGUUGGGCUUCGCUGUUUGUAAACUCUGCGACUUUGAGCAAGUUCCUUAGCCUAAUGUUUCUGUGCUGAUUAAAUGAGAUAAAAGUUUCUAGUGCAGUGCAGAGUACAAAGUAGGUCUUCAACAACUAUUGGCUUUCUUUUCUUUUAGAAAUAGUAUAGGAAUAAAUGAUGAUUUUUUUUAUUUUUUAAUAAAUGAGGAUUAUAAACCAUCAUUCCUUCUCUGUUAAAUUUAGUGCAGUCUUAGAUGUCAGGUGUUACUAGCAACAAAGCCCUUAUGUUACAUCAUCAACAUGGAAGUUAACACAGGGCUCAAUUUACUGAACUCCCUUAUCUAAGUUCAGAGAUAGGGCUUCCAACUCUAUAGUUUAUCAGCUGAGCACAGGGUACAGUUAUCUGAUAAAACACACCAAGAAUUAAAUGUUACCUGUGUUGAAGGAACUAUACACUUCUUAAAGGAUUUUCUUGAAUUUUCUUUCUUUAAAACACAAUGUUUAAGCUCUCCGUACAAUUAAAAAAAAAAAGACUGAACUCUUAAAAAAUAUUUUGCUUUUUUAAAACAAACUUGGACUUUUGGGAAUAUUAAUGUGUCUUCUUGGAUGUCGUGGUAUACACUAGUGUCUAGAACUAUGCCUUGUAUAAAAUAUGGAGACAUUCAUUGAAUACUUGGGGAAUUGGUGUUCUCAUCUGAACAGUAAGAAAUUACUGUUUUUCAUGGGCUUUAAAAUAAAGCAACAACAGAAGCUUACAUACAGUUUGUUUCAUUUUCUAAAUUGAUAUAGUACCAGUUUCUCUUUAAAAGGAAAGUUUGUACAAUUAACUGUUCCCUAAUCCUUCUCGUGUGAAAUAUGAGGGCAGAGGUUGAGAUCGUGACGUGCACAUAGGGUUGGAAAUAACUGAAGUGAAGGAAAUGAGUGGGUGAGUACACAGUGGGCGGUAGUUCAUGAAUUCUGCCCACUCUCAGCUUUGGCAGCUCUGGGAGAGCUGCCUCAACAGUUCCUGGGAUUCUUGAGCGGAACGACCGUAAGCAAGAGGUGGAGUGCUUAGUCCUUUGGAGUGAAUGAUAAACACAGUGGAAGGCGUGUCUGCCCGCGUCCACUCCCGCGGGGCUGCAGGUCACGUGAACGGAAAGCACUUCCCUAUUCCCAGCCUCGGUCUCCCGCAGGCAGUGAUUUGAGCUGAAAGGGGCGCAGCGACGGAGAGGCGGGCGGGGAAAGUAGACUGGGAGGAAGUUGAAAAACAGCGAGAGCAAAGGAUUCCUAACUCUAACAAUGCCACACUUCACGGUCACAAAGGUAGAGGACCCAGAGGAGGGGGCAGCGGCUUCGGUCUCCAAACUGGGAGAGCCCAACUUGGCAGAAAUAAAAGCCCUGAUUCAGCAUUCGGACGAACCAGACCCGAGUCAGAACUCCAUCACAGGGGAACACAGCCAGCUGUUAGAUGAUGGGCAUAAGAAAGCUCGAAAUGCGUAUCUCAAUAAUUCCAAUUAUGAAGAAGGAGAUGAAUAUUUUGAUAAAAACUUGGCGCUCUUUGAGGAAGAAAUGGACACCAGACCAAAGGUAUCUUCUCUCCUCAACCGUAUGGCCAAUUAUACUAAUCUGACACAAGGAGCAAAGGAGCAUGAAGAGGCAGAGAACAUCACUGAGGGGAAAAAGAAGCCCACCAAGACCCCUCAAAUGGGUACUUUCAUGGGUGUCUACCUUCCAUGCCUACAAAAUAUUUUUGGAGUGAUCUUGUUUCUACGCCUUACAUGGGUCGUGGGCACGGCUGGAGUUCUUCAGGCCUUUGCAAUUGUCCUUAUCUGCUGCUGCUGUACAAUGUUGACUGCUAUCUCCAUGAGUGCCAUUGCCACUAACGGAGUGGUGCCAGCCGGGGGCUCAUACUUUAUGAUUUCCCGGGCACUGGGCCCAGAGUUUGGUGGGGCUGUUGGCCUCUGCUUUUAUCUUGGUACCACGUUUGCAGCUGCCAUGUAUAUCCUUGGUGCCAUUGAAAUUUUUCUGGUAUAUAUUGUCCCCCGAGCUGCCAUCUUUCGUAGUGAAGAUGCGCUCAAGGAAUCAGCAGCCAUGCUAAAUAACAUGCGUGUCUAUGGCACAGCCUUCUUGGUCCUCAUGGUAUUGGUGGUGUUCAUCGGUGUACGCUAUGUGAACAAGUUUGCCUCGCUUUUCCUGGCCUGUGUCAUUGUAUCUAUCUUGGCCAUCUACGCUGGAGCCAUCAAGUCUUCUUUUGCCCCUCCACACUUCCCGGUCUGCAUGCUGGGUAACCGCACCCUUUCAUCAAGACACAUUGAUGUUUGCUCUAAGACCAAGGAAAUUAACAACAUGACAGUACCGUCAAAGUUAUGGGGCUUUUUCUGUAACUCAAGUCAGUUUUUCAAUGCCACCUGUGACGAAUAUUUUAUUCACAAUAAUGUCACUUCAAUUCAGGGGAUUCCUGGAUUGGCUAGUGGUGUCAUUACAGAGAAUCUUUGGAGUAAUUACCUACCAAAGGGAGAGAUCAUUGAAAAGCCCUCAGCCAAAUCUUCUGAUGUCUUAGGCAGUUUAAACCAUGAAUAUGUCCUUGUUGACAUCACCACCUCUUUUACUCUUCUGGUGGGGAUCUUCUUUCCCUCUGUCACAGGUAUCAUGGCUGGAUCAAACAGAUCUGGAGAUCUAAAGGAUGCUCAAAAGUCUAUUCCCAUUGGCACCAUCCUCGCCAUCCUGACCACCUCCUUUGUCUAUUUAAGCAAUGUUGUCCUUUUUGGUGCUUGUAUUGAAGGUGUUGUUCUUCGAGACAAGUUUGGGGAUGCUGUGAAAGGUAAUCUGGUGGUGGGUACCUUAUCUUGGCCAUCCCCAUGGGUGAUUGUCAUUGGCUCCUUCUUCUCCACAUGUGGGGCUGGACUUCAGAGUCUCACAGGUGCACCAAGGCUGCUACAGGCUAUAGCCAAGGAUAACAUCAUACCCUUUUUGAGGGUUUUUGGUCACAGCAAAGCCAACGGGGAACCUACCUGGGCUUUACUUCUAACUGCUGCCAUUGCAGAGCUGGGGAUUCUUAUUGCCUCCCUGGAUCUUGUGGCCCCAAUUCUUUCUAUGUUUUUCCUCAUGUGUUACCUCUUUGUGAACUUGGCAUGUGCAUUGCAAACAUUACUUCGAACACCCAACUGGAGACCCCGGUUCCGCUACUACCACUGGGCCCUCUCUUUCAUGGGGAUGAGUACCUGUCUGGCUCUGAUGUUCAUUUCGUCCUGGUACUACGCCAUCGUAGCUGUGGUGAUAGCUGGCAUGAUCUACAAGUACAUUGAGUACCAGGGAGCGGAGAAAGAGUGGGGUGAUGGAAUCCGUGGGCUGUCCCUCAGUGCAGCCCGGUUUGCUUUACUUCGGCUGGAAGAAGGACCUCCACACACUAAAAACUGGAGGCCUCAGUUACUCGUAUUGCUGAAAUUGGAUGAAGACUUACAUGUCAAGCAUCCUCGCCUCCUCACCUUUGCCUCACAACUUAAGGCAGGAAAGGGUCUCACUAUUGUGGGCUCUGUCAUCGUGGGGAACUUCCUGGAGAACUACGGGGAAGCUUUAGCUGCUGAGCAGACCAUAAAGCACCUGAUGGAGGCAGAGAAGGUGAAAGGGUUCUGCCAGCUGGUGGUGGCGGCCAAGCUGAGGGAGGGCAUUUCCCACCUCAUCCAGUCCUGUGGCCUUGGGGGCAUGAAGCACAACACGGUGGUGAUGGGAUGGCCCAAUGGUUGGCGCCAGAGUGAAGACGCUCGAGCGUGGAAGACGUUUAUCGGCACAGUUCGAGUGACAACUGCUGCCCAUCUGGCCCUGUUGGUGGCUAAAAACAUCUCCUUCUUUCCCAGCAAUGUGGAACAGUUUUCUGAGGGCAACAUCGACGUGUGGUGGAUUGUGCAUGAUGGGGGGAUGCUCAUGUUAUUACCAUUCCUGCUUAAACAGCACAAGGUGUGGCGAAAAUGUGGCAUACGGAUCUUCACCGUAGCCCAACUAGAAGACAACAGUAUUCAGAUGAAGAAGGAUCUGGCUACCUUCCUCUACCACCUGCGCAUUGAGGCAGAGGUGGAAGUGGUGGAGAUGCAUGACAGUGACAUAUCUGCUUACACUUACGAGCGCACCCUGAUGAUGGAGCAGAGGUCUCAGAUGCUCCGGCACAUGCGACUGUCCAAGACAGAGCGGGACAGAGAGGCACAGUUGGUGAAAGACCGGAACUCAAUGCUGCGCUUGACCAGCAUUGGCUCUGAUGAGGAUGAAGAGACAGAAACCUAUCAGGAGAAGGUGCACAUGACUUGGACAAAAGACAAGUACAUGGCAUCCCGGGGACAAAAGGCUAAGUCAAUGGAAGGAUUCCAGGACCUGCUUAACAUGCGUCCGGACCAUUCCAAUGUGAGGCGGAUGCAUACGGCAGUGAAACUCAAUGAGGUUAUAGUUAACAAGUCCCAUGAGGCAAAGCUGGUUUUGUUGAAUAUGCCAGGGCCACCCCGAAACCCUGAAGGUGAUGAAAACUACAUGGAGUUCCUAGAAGUGCUCACUGAGGGACUAGAGCGAGUCCUCCUUGUCCGAGGCGGUGGCAGUGAAGUGAUCACCAUUUAUUCAUAAUCUACUCCUGAAGACUCUGCUUGGCCUCACCUUUCCUAAAAGGCUUCCAUUCUCCAUGGAAGUGCCAGCUCUUUACUACUAUUCCCAUCAAGUACAGGCUUGGGUCCUGUACACAUCACACUGAACUCCUGACAAGCUGAGCCUCAAGUACUUGUGCAAAAAAACACACAUAGUUCUGCUCUUUGCUGUCAUACAGUCUGCUGUCCAUACAGAAGCAGAUAUUUCCUCAACAUCAGAACACUGGCCACAUCCUAAAAGCCCUGUCUGUACUAGUUGAAGGCAAAUUAGAAUUAACAAGCUAAACCAUUAAAAUGAAUUGGCAUAAGGGAUGCUAGAAAUUCAAGAAGACAAAAAGCAAGUACAUGUCCAACAUUAAAGGGGAGCCUCAGAAGUCAUGGUUCAGUGAUGACACCCGGGGUACCAGCCGGAGACACAGUUUCAUCAUACUCAAGAAUUCAUGGCCAAGUAUGUGGGGACCUAACAUCCUUGUGGAGAUAACCUGUGACAAACCAAGAUGAAAACCUUUUUUGCUCUCCAGGGCUCUUUUAUAUUAGGGUACUAUACAAAAACUGAAACAUGGCCACAGCCUCUUCUUCUUCCUCCAAAACAAGAUUCCCCCAAAGUACCAGGUUCAAGUACGCACACUGUGUUGAUUUGUAUGUCAGCUGGUUCUCAAAACCCAUUGUGUGGUUAAGAUUAUAAUACAGGCAUUGUUAUCCUGGAAAUUGUUGUUUUUUUUUUUUUUAAGGUGGAUAAAAAGAAUUUCUUUCAGGUUCUUCUCAAAUGGCCAAAUUAAGGUAACUCCAUUAAAUUAAGAUCUACUGAAACAGUCUGUGGUUACCUGUGUGACAUGGUCAAAACAUACAAGCUGUUAUCUAAGAAAUCUAGGAAAUGAUGCACACUGACCAGUAGUUUCUCCUCUCCUUUCUUUUAUGCCCUCUGGGUUAGUAGGCACAGGCCCAAAGUCACAGGAAUAAACUAGGAAGACUGGCUAAAAUCCUUCCCUAAAAGCUUUGGACUGUCUUUUAAAGGGGAAUCCAGCAAUGGAAUUCAAAGUUCUAGAGCCAUACUCCUUCCAUAGUGCCAAAGAUUGAGCUGCUGCUAUUCUCCCUACCUGCUUCACUAAAGUUCAUACAAUUGGCAUUGACCUGAUUCAAGAAACAUUUUUCACUAAGAAACCUGUGGACUCAUUUCCAAAGCCAUAGCAAAGACUUGAGGCACUCAACUCACCUAAAUGCCCAGAGUACGAGUGUUUUUAUCAGUUUUAUUCUUGAUUGUGACUGCAGGAGCUUGGCUCUGAACUAAGAUUAUCCAAGCCAGCAGUCCUCUGCUAUUCCAGCUGUUUUCAGAAAGCUCUCAAUGUGUCAAGGAAGUAACUUGUACAAGCUUAGCUUUUUAUUUGCUGGUCAUAAAACAUUUACUGGUCAUUUUAGUUUACUGGUCAUAAAACACCUAGCUUUCAAGCAUAGGGAAACUACCUUGAGUGGUAAUUGCAAAUAUGUGAAAUGCUCCUUUCUUUUAUAGGGUAAGUAUUUAGAGAAACUGUUUUGCCUGUAUUCAUGACUGCUUUUGAAUCACUUUAUUAAUGAUAAAUAGUGCCACUCUUUUUUGAUCACCCAAUAGGAUAUGGAGCAAGCAAACCUAGGUACCAGUAGAUGAUUCAUUUGACCCUUAUGGACAGAGAAAACCCUUCAGUAUGGCUUAAGAAAUUGAGUAUUUUGUUCCUUUUGCUCUUUUUUCAACCUCAAGACCCAGUCAGGGUAGCAAAGCAGACACAAUCUUUAAGUCUUUUUUCCUGCUCCUUCCUGCAGAGGGUAGAAGCGUUGUUUACAAUUUCCACUGUAACACUCUGUUGUUGAGUCCACACUAGUGGAACAGGUUCUCUAGGACCCAAGAUAUUGAAGCCCCCAUGCUCUAAAGGUCAGCCUGCCCAGGAAUUCCUGUACAUUUACACACAUCCUCUGGCCAAAGUGGUUGAUACAUAUGUAUUUUUCCAUAUAGAAAAAAUAUGGGCAGGAAACAAGGUUAGUUUAGAAGAGCUUUUUGCCGUUGGAGCUCUGUAAGAAUCUUUUAAAGGGAUGAGGGAGUUACUGGCUAUUAAUACAGCCACUACUUCAGCCCCUAAAACAUAAAGUCACCAUUACAUGGGACAAUGGUUAUUAUGCCAGAUAAACUCAUCUCUGUCUAGAGCAUUUCAUGUCCAUGUGUUGCUUAUGUUGUCUGCAAAGUGUCUUGUCUCUUCUAAUCACUGCAAAUAAAGCAAUACUGAAAACUUGGUAAGAGAGAAUGCACCUUAGGGGAAGGGGCUUUUGUGUUUCAAGAAGGAAGAGAAAGGAAAGACCUCUUCCUGACUUUUGAAUAAGAUCCAGCUUUUGAGUCUUAGCUAAGAUUUAUCGGGGCAGGUUGUGACAAUAUACAUUCUCCAGUUGCUGGCCCUCUGCCUUCUAAAGCUAUCUUAAAAGCUGAAGUUUGAAUUGCAGCAUCUGCUUGACAGGUGCCCGGUUCCUCCUGGCAGGGGUAAGAUCAUUACUGUGUAUCUUCCUUUGCCUCCGAUUCCUGUGGCCCCAACUAGCCCUCCAAUCCUCACUCCCCCUAAAUGUGUUAAAAAUCCAUUGUGGAUAUUAAAGUAGCAAUUACACUGUAAGCAUAUUUAUGUGCUCUUUUUGUCUGGUUUAUUUUUUUCAUCAUGUAUAAUCUGAACCCAGCAUCAGUUUCUCACAUCUUCCACAAGUGUCUCCAACAGAAUUUUUAUGUCCCAGCUUGUGUUAAAUAGAAGUGAAAUAUUAAGGAAAAUGGAUUUAAGGGAAACUUGUGCAACUUUUUUUUUUUAAGCAUUGUUCUCAAGCAUUUAAUUUAUUGAAAGGAGAUGCUGCUGUGGUUCUUGAUUUAGCAGCAACCAUUCUUUUGUUUACAUAGAGUUACAGUUUUAUUUGUUGUUUUGCUCUGUACUGGAAACAUAAAUAAAGUUUUCUACAUUAUUUUCGGUCAAA